UGGAGUAGAAAACGGACUGCCGCUGGAGAGCAAAGAAGAGGAGAGAAAAGGGGGGGGUUCUCUUUUUUUUUUAAGAAAAAAAAAAAAAAGGAGCAGUGAAAUGGUGUGAAAGCUGACCUGUUCCAACCCGAGCGAGGGGACAGACGAAGGAGGACCGACGCGGGACGGGGUUGUUGUUCUUGGUAUAAUUAUUGCAAAAGUCAGUGAACUCCCGCUUUUUGAUGCUGUCCUCACGGAGGUCUGAGCCAAUAACGGACUUAUUGGUCGGCUGAACCAUGCAGAGGCUGCUGCUCCUGAGUUUGGUGUUGAGUUUUCAAACUGCGUGGACAGCGAGAUUCUCUCAGGAGCCGGCAGACCAGUCGGUGGUGCGGGGCCAGAGGGUGAUCCUGUCCUGCGUUGUCUUCAACUACUCUGGCAUUGUUCAGUGGACCAAAGAUGGUCUGGCCCUGGGCAUCGGAGAGGACCUCCGGGCCUGGCCCAGGUACCGCGUCCUGCGGGUCCAGGACUUGGGCCAGUACAACCUGGAAAUCCUCUCAGCGGAUCUGUCCGAUGACUCCUUGUAUGAGUGCCAGGCCCCCGACGCCGCCCUGAGAUCCAGGAGGGCCAAGCUCACCGUGCUCAUCCCCCCAGACGACCCGGUGAUCGAUGGGGGUCCGGAGGUGUUGCUGAAUGCGGGGGAAUCCUACAACCUGAGCUGUGUGUCUCGAGGGGCCAAGCCACCGUCCAUGAUCGAGUGGCUUAAAGACGGCCUGCCCGUGGACGGGGCGGCCAGCGCCACUGAGGUGCUUCCAGACAGGAAGAGAGUGACCACACGUAGCUAUCUACCCAUCCACCCCGUUGACACCGACACCGGGAGGAACUACAGCUGCGUGGCCACCAACCUGGCUGUUCCCACUGGCAAAAGCACAACCGUCACCCUCAACGUGCACCAUCCACCCACGGUGACCUUGUCCAUCGAGCCUCGCUCCGUCCUAGAAGGGGACAGAGUCACCUUCACCUGCCAGGCUCAUGCUAACCCUCCUAUCAUGGGCUACAGGUGGGCGAAGGGCGGCGUGGUGCUGCAAGGGGCCAGGGAGAGCGUGUUCACCACCACGGCCGACCACUCCUUCUUCACCGAGCCCGUCUCCUGUCUGGUUUUCAAUGCGGUGGGAAAGACCAACGUCAGCAUCCUGGUCGACGUUCACUUCGGUCCGAUCCUGUUGGUGGAACCGCAGCCAAAGACGGUGGACGUGGCCUCGGACGUCAGCCUCAACUGCAAAUGGGCCGGAAAUCCUCCGCUCACGCUCACGUGGUUCAAGAAGGGGUCGAAUUCGGUUCUGAGUAACAGCAACCAGCUGAAUCUGAACGCGGUGAGCCAGGCGGACGCCGGUCAGUACGUAUGUAAGGCCAUCGUCCCGCGGAUCGGAGUGGGAGAAACCGAGGUCACGCUCACCGUCAACGGUCCACCCAUCAUCUCCAGUGAUCCGGUGCAAUACGCUGUGAGAGGGGAGAGGGGGGAGGUGAAAUGCUACAUCGCCAGCACGCCUCCUCCAGAUAAGAUAGUGUGGGCGUGGAAGGAGAACGUGUGGGAGAAGGAGAAGGGGACGCUGCUGGAGCGCUACACGGUGGAGCAGAGCAAGUCGUCGGCGGAGGGCGGCGGCGUCCUCUCCACCCUCACCAUCAACAACGUCAUGGAGUCCGACUUCCUGUCCACCUACAACUGCACGGCCUGGAACUCGUUCGGACCCGGCACCAUGAUCAUCACGCUGGAGGAGAAGGAGGAGUUCCCGGUGGAGAAGCUGGCCGUCGGGGUGGCGGGCCUCGCCAUCAUCUUCUCCAUCCUCCUGCUGGUCCUCGUCCUCAUCUUCUACCGGCAGCGCAAAGGCAGUCGGCGCGGCGUGACGCUGGGUAAGCCGGACAUCAAGGUGGAGACGAUAAAUAAGGAGACGCACAGCCUGGAGGAGGACUCCGGCAGCGUGUCCACGGCGUCGCGCAUGGUUAAGGCCAUGUACUCGUUUCUUCCCUCUGUGUCCUUCUCUCCCUCCAAUCAGCCCUUUAAAGACGACAUAGAGCUCAAGUCCGACCUCCGCAGCGACACCCUGGACACCCGCCAGGAGUACGACCUAAAGGACCCCACCAACGGCUACUACAACGUCCGAGCCUCCACCCACGACGAGGUGCGGCCCGCCUCCCGCUCCACCAUGCACUACUCCGACUACCGCUCCCCGACGGGAACCCCGGGGGGCGCGGCGUCCAUCAGCAGCAGCACCGGGGGCUCGGGGGCCACGGCCAGCGGCGGAGCCCCCGGCCCCCCCGGCCCACUAACCUCCCCGGGCCGCCCGCAAGCAUGCUACGACCCCCGGCCGCCCUCCAGACUGUCGCACAUCAGCUACGCCCAGUUCAACACCUUCACCCGCGGCGGCCAGAGCCAGCAGCCUCCGGCCAACCCCGGCCCGCCCCCCGGCGACUUCCCCGGGGACUGUAGCCUCCUGGACUCCACGUCCCAGCUGGCCUACGACAACUACGGGUACCCGUCGCACUACCAGACAUACCGCAUGGGCUUCGCGCCGUCCAGCCUGGCCCCCCUGGAGGCCGGCCCGUCCUACGAGAUGUACGGGGUGGGGUCCGGAGUGGGUUCCGGGGUGGUGUCCGGAGUGGGGAGCCCCGGCGUCGGGGUCGGAGUCGGCGUCGGGGUCGGGGUCGGGGUCGGGGUCGGCCCGGGGGGGCCCGCUCCCUCCGGAUCGGAGACUGGACUGGGGAAGUACGGCAGCUCCACUCGUUUCUCCUACACCUCCCAACACUCUGACUACUCCCACAGCCGGCACACACAGAGGAUGCAGACUCACGUUUGAGAAGAUCUCUUAAAAUAAAAUAGCGUCACACCUAAAAAAACAAAAAAAAAAAAAAUCAAAAAAAAAUUCAAAAAAACUACAACAACACAAAUUUACACCCACAUAUUUUCACGCGCUAAACACACAAAAAAAGCAUCACACCCACCAUGCACAAAGUCAGAGAAAAAACCGUGACCGCGAGACGGGGAGCGUAUGAGAAACGCAAGACACGAGCGAGAAGAGGAAAAAAAAACAAAAAUAUUCAAAAAAAAUCAACAAAAAAAAAAAAAAAAAGAGGAGAGCGGAAGAGAUACCGAGACAGGGAAGGGAAAUUCCCUCACUCCCGAUGUGUUUAUAAUCUGAGCUCUGAAAGAGCCAGACAGCGCAAGUCACAAUCAAGACCAGAGGGGGGGGGGGGGGGGUGGAAGAAAGAAAGAAA